AUGAACUUCCAAAACCUCAACUUCGACUUUGUGGAAGCACCUCGUCAAGGUCCUCCAAAGAGACAGACUCCUGGUCAACAGUCAAUUGACGACGACGAUCAAUCAUCUCAGCCAAUUCUUCACCCAUAUUAUGAUCUUAGACAGCGUGUAGGACGAAACUCUGCCAAUCCUUCAGCAUCACCGCCUGGUGCUCUAUUCUUUGCCCCGUCGCCUCCUUCUCUACCACCAUCAAAGGUCACAGCCUCGACAGCUGAGAUCUACGGACCUGAACGAUUAUUCGGUUCGGAUCUUCCUGGAGGGUUUGCGGCGCCUACACCACCAACGCAGACGCAUCACACUGCACCACCCGUUGCUCCUCCAGCUGCACCUACAGCUCCUACACCUGGGUCUGUUCGUUUCGACGAGGCUCAAUUGGCCAUGUUUGCCGCCGAGAACGCAGCUCGCAUGGCGAGUAUCAAAGACGAGCUGACAAUAGCCGCUGGCAAGGUCACUCCCGGCGUUGACGAUACACCAUAUAUUCAAUACGCUCUUGAGGCUCUGACGAGAAAUCACGGCGGUCCUUCUGCUGCGCAUUUCCCCUCCGGAUCUUCCAAUGACUACGAGGAGGACUACCCACAACCAAGACGGUACGCCGAUGAGGACAUGGCGAGGGGAUACCCUCAAUUGACACAACCGGAGCCCGCUUACGUUGAAGAUCGUUUACCAGAACCGAUCGAGACGCAAGCUCCUCGCCACGAGAUGCCCGAUACCUCCGUGCACCCUGCGCCAAAUGCUCGUCAUCACAGCGAGCCCGUUGCUCAUCAAGAUGUACCAGCCGUUCCUCGGUCACCAACUCCUUCAGAUCACUCUGAGCCUGACCAGUUCGCUCAGAGGGAAAAGGCUCGCCCUCGAUCCAUCCCCAUUGACCGAGCGCAUCCUCCUCUCGUCUUCAAGCCUGCCAUUCUUCGACCAGUCUUUAUGUGCAUCUUUGCCUUGUUGUGUUUACUCAUGAUAGCCGCUCUCAUCUUCUGCGCUGUCUACUCGCAAAAUCAUGGUGGUUUCACUCCAUAUCCUGGAAGUAUCUACAGCGGUCAAUACUUUUUGUUCAGAAUCUUGCCUCAAAUAUUCGCAGGAAUCAUCCUAAUCUACGCCCAAUCCAUCGUCACUGCUUCAAUACGAACUAUACCAUUCACCGCCAUGGCUGAUGCCGAGCCCCGAGAACGAUAUCUCGCCCUCUUCCGACGAUUGCGUCCUAUGACAUUCCUCAUUCCCUCGUUCACAGGACCCUGGCAAUUCCAGUGCUUCAGUGUGUGCACAUGGCUCGCUAAUUUCACGAUCCCUCUAAUGAGCACAGCCUUCACAUGCAUCUUCAAGGACCAGGGCUGGGUUUGGGCUGCAGUUCAGGGUGUUGCUUGGACACUUGUCGCGCUCUAUAUCUUGUUGUUGGCAGCCACCAUCGCUUUGAUGAUGUUCUGGCGCAACCGAUGGACGGGGCUCUUGUGGGAUAUUCGAUCUGUGGGACAUCUCCUUCCCCUGUUAAGCCAGAGCAACACUACCAGUAGCUACAACAGCCCGGAGGCUAUUCAGAGCAACGAUGUACGGCAGGACCAACUUCGCCAGCGUGCUCUUGACCGACUCGGUUACUGGCAGAUGGAUGGUCAGCAAGGUGGCGUGUGGUACGGCAUCGGCUCCGUUGGUGAUGGUGGUCACCCUGAUUACAGAACCUACGACCUCGUCCUCAAGAAGCCUGAAAUCUCGCCUGCGUCUUCUCUCGAUGACCUUGAGGCUGAAGUUCGCCACUACAAAUACACGCCUAUCGCCUUGCGAACUUCCGUGAUUCUGGGCUCAGUCAUCUUCAUGACCCUCUUGAUCCUCGCAAUUGUUAUUGUCUCCUUCUUGCCUCAGACUCGACUGGACCAGGGAUACUUCCCUCAGGUCCCUGCCCGACCUGGGAGCGGAGCCUUCUCUGCGGCCAACUUCCUCUACGCGUUUAUCCCCUCUCUACUGGGCAUGAUCAUGUUCUUGCUCUUCCAAGGCCUCGACGACGCCCUCCGCACCCACCAGCCUUGGGCAGAUAUGUCCAAGUCUUCUGGUGAGAUUGCGUCCAAGUCCAUCCUCGCCGAUUACGCUGCUUGCUACCCCUUCCAGUGUACAUGGAAAGCUCUCCGUAACGGCCACUGGCGUGUUGCUGUGAUCUCUUUCAUGGCCACAAUCUUCAUCUUCAUCCCCAUCCUCGCAGGUGGUCUCUUCAUGGCUCUGACCAACUUCCGUGGCCAGGUCAAGAUGUUCCCCAACAUGCCCGUCUUUGGCGUUCUCCUCGCCUUCCUCUUCCUCUACCUCGGCUGCCUCUCUCUAAUGCUGCCCGGUCGCCGGGCCCUCCGCAUCCCUCAUUCUGUCGACAGUGUUGCUGAGAUCAUUUCUCUCACUGCGGCUCGGGAGACUCUCUCAGACCCUGCUUUCUUAGCCGUCAGGGACACCACUGACCUCAAGGCCCGCCUGGGUCUUGAUCGCUCUGAUCCCCGUGAGCAGUCAAUGUGGUACUUUGGCGGUUCCCGGGACGAGCGCUACGACAGCGUCCGCCCUAUGAAACGAUUUACCGAAAAAAGAAUGAGAUCACAUAGAUCUACCUGA